UCACAGCUGAAACUGACAGCAAUGGAGCAAGCUCAGCUGUGUGGCUCUGAGCCCCUAAAGCUUGCCUUUGGGAAGAUUGGCCAGUACCAAAGAAUUCAGCAACCCAAAAGGAAAAGCGGCUCAUUCCGAGGGAAGGGGAUAGACGGAUGGCAUAGAGCUGUGUCUACCAAUUCAGCUAGGCAAAAUGUGUUGGUCCCCAAAGAGGAACCAGUGAAUGAAAGUGCCUUGGGGUUUCAUAAAAAUCAAAACAACCAGAAAAGAAACCUGAUGAAGAGAAUGAGGAGUGUUCUUGGGAAAAUGCUGUCCUGCAAGGGCGGAAGCCAGCCAGCCAGUGGUGGCACCGAGAGCUCCGUGGAGCAGAAGGAAGCUGCCCUCGACAACGCACAGGGCCUACUGCCCAGAUUCGUCAAGGAGCUUCCGUCUCCCAGGUUAUUCACCAAGCCAAGGAUGAGAAAGCUCUCACAGAAUGCAACUAUACAGCUAGAUGUUGUAGAAGCAGAAACAGAAGAGGUAACUGAAGGAGACGGGCUCCUCCGAGCCAAGAGAACUACCAAGCGAUUAUCUGUGACGUCACUUCCUUCGGGGCUGCAGAAGGCACCAUAUUCAUCAAAAAAGAAAGCACGCUUUCCAGCACUUAAAAAGAAGAAACAGAGCAUGGAAGACAUCCUCCGGAAAUCAGAGCUGACAGUAGGAAAGCUUCAGAUGCAGGUGGAUGACCUCAUAGAAAGAGUGACUGACAGAUCCAUGAAGCUGUUGGCUCAAAGGCACGCUGAGCUUCAGCAGUGUGAGUUUCUAGGGGCAGAGAUCCUUCAGUCCUCAAAGCAGUUCCAAAGGCUUUCCAAGAGAGCCACAAGUAGGUGUAAGCUGCGGAGGGCAUGCCUCUCAUGCCCCUGCUGCUGCUGCUGAGCCUGCCGCACACACGGUGACAGAC